GAACGUGCGGUUGGUCGACGCGCGAGCGUGCCUGCUGCUAAGGAGGCUGGUUGGGGCCGCGCGCCUGCGCCGCCGGAAAGUGGGGCGGGAGGAAGCCAGUGCGUUUUCUCUUAGGCGGCGCCAUUUUGUGCUCAGAGCCGCUACAGCCGCCUGCGGUGUAGGUAGUAGGUGGCGGAGACUGGAAAGCGGGCAUGGCGGAGACUCUGGCAGGGCCCGGAGACCCCGGCGCUGGCGUGGCCGCUGUCGGCCCGGGCGCCUCGGAGACCGGGGCGCGGCGUCUCAGCGACCUGCGGGUGAUUGACCUGCGGGCGGAGCUGAAGAAGCGGAACCUGGACACGGGUGGCAACAAGAGCGUCCUGAUGGAACGACUCAAGAAGGCGGUUAAGGAAGAAGGGCAGGAUCCUGAUGAAAUUGGCAUCGUGUUGGAAGCCACAAGCAAGAAGACGACAAAGAGAUGUGUUAAAGGACAAAAGACAGAGGAAGAAGGCGCAGAAGACAACGGCCUAGAAGAAGAUUCCAGGGACGGGCAGGAGGAUGUGGAUGCGGGUUUGGAGAGCUUGCAGAAUAUAGACAUGAUGGAUGUUAGUGUGUUAGAAGAAACUGAAGUUGAGAACAGCGCUCCAGACUUUGGGGAGGAUGGUCCCGACAGCAUUCUUGAUUCCCUGUGUGACAGCAAAGAAUAUGUGACUGCACAGCUGAGAGAAAUCCCAGCCCAGCUCACAGAACAUGCUGUGGAUGGGGCAGGCUUCCAAAACACUUUGGAGACUUCAUCAUUAGACUUCAAAGUGCCUCCUGAUAUUGAAGAACCUCUAUUGGAGCCAGAAAAUGAGAAAAUACUCGACAUUUUGGGGGAAACUUGUAAAUCUGAGCCAGUAAAAGAAGAAGGUUUCGAGCUGGAGCAGCCAUUUGCACAGGACACAAGUAGCGUGGGGCCAGACAGAAAGCUUGCGGAGGAAGAGGACCUUUUUGACAGCGCCCAUCCGGAGGAGGGUGAUUUAGAUUUGACCAGCGAGUCAACAGCACAAACUCAGUGGAGCAAGGCAGACACCCUGUUAGCGGUAGUGAAAAGGGAGCCCGUGGAGCAGACAGGCGAUGGCGAGAGGACGGACUGUGAGCCUUUAGGGCUAGAGAAGCCAGUUGAGCAGAGUAGUAAAGCCUCAGAGCACGCGGAAGCCUCUAGCGAGGAGGUCUCGGAAGCGCCCUGGGAAGCCUCAAGCCCAGAACCCAGAGAUAGCAAAGAAGACGUGAAGAAGUUUGCUUUUGAAGCUUGUAGUGAAGUCCCUCCGGCUCCUAAAGAGUCCUCAGCCAGUGAGGGCGCUGAUCAGAAAAUGAGCUCUUUUAAGGAAGAAAAAGAUAUAAAGCCAAUCAUUAAAGAUGAAAAAGGUCGUGCCAGCAGCAGCUCUGGCCGGAACCUCUGGGUCAGUGGCCUGUCUUCCACAACUCGAGCGACAGAUCUGAAGAACCUUUUCAGCAAGUACGGAAAGGUUGUCGGGGCCAAAGUGGUCACCAACGCCCGUAGUCCGGGGGCACGGUGCUAUGGAUUUGUCACCAUGUCAACAUCUGAUGAAGCUACAAAGUGUAUCAGUCAUCUGCACAGAACGGAGCUGCAUGGAAGAAUGAUCUCCGUAGAGAAGGCCAAAAACGAACCUGCUGGGAAAAAGCUGUCUGACAGAAAAGAGUUUGAAGUGAAGAAGGAAAAAAUAUCUAGCGUUGACAGACAUCAUUCUGUGGAGAUCAAAAUUGAAAAAACCGUAAUUAAGAAGGAAGAGAAAAUGGAGAAAAAGGAGGAAAAAAAGCCCGAAGACAUUAAAAAGGAAGAAAAAGAUGAAGAUGAGCUGAAACCAGUUCCUACAAAUCGGUCCAGAGUCACCAAAUCAGGAAGCAGAGGAAUGGAACGGACGGUCAUAAUGGAUAAGUCGAAAGGAGAGCCUGUCAUUAGUGUGAAAACCACGAGCAGAUCAAAAGAGAGAAACUCCCAGAGUCAGGAUCGCAAAUCAGAAAGUAAGGAGAAGAGAGACAUCUUGUCCUUUGAUAAAAUCAAAGAACAGAGGGAGCGAGAGCGCCAGAGGCAGCGGGAGCGGGAGAUUCGAGAGACGGAGAGGAGGCGAGAACGUGAGCAGCGCGAGCGCGAGCAGCGCCUGGAAGCCUUUCAUGAAAGGAAGGAGAAGGCCCGGUUGCAGCGGGAGCGCCUGCAGCUCGAGUGCCAGCGGCAGCGGCUGGAGCGCGAGCGCAUGGAGCGGGAGCGGCUGGAGCGCGAGCGCAUGCGUGUGGAGCGCGAGCGCCGCAAGGAGCAGGAGCGCAUCCACCGCGAGCGGGAGGAACUGCGGCGCCAGCAGGAGCAGCUGCGCUACGAGCAGGAGCGGCGGCCGGCGCUGCGGCGGCCCUACGACGACGGCCGACGGGAUGAGGCCUAUUGGCUGGAAGGAAAGCGUGUGGCCAUGGAGGACAGAUACCGCCCUGACUUCCCUCGACCCGAUCACCGGUUCCAUGACUUUGACCAUCGAGACCGGAGCCAGUACCAGGACCAUGUACCCGACAGGAGGGAAGGUUCCAGGUCAGUGAUGGGAGAGCGAGAUGGGCAGCAUUACUCAGAUGACCGCCAUGGCCACGGGGGACCCCUGGAGCGCCAUAGCCGGGACUCCCGAGAUGGCUGGGGAGGCUAUGGCUCUGAUAAGCGGAUGAGUGAGGGCCGAGGGCCGCCACCUCCACCCAGAGGUAGCCGUGACUGGACAGAGCACAGCCAGAGACUAGAAGAGCACCCGGAGCGCAGCUGGCCCGGCACGGUGGACACAGGCGCUACAGGCCGGGAGCACUCGCGAUGGCAAGGUGGUGAGAGAGGCCUGUCUGGGCCCUCAGGACCAGGCCACAUGGCAAACCGGGGCGGAUUGUCAGGGCGCGGCGGCUUUGCACAAAGUGGGCAUUCCCAAGGUCACGUGGUGCCCGGUGGCGGACUGGAAGGUGGAGGCCUGGCCAGCCAGGACCGGGGCAGCCGAGUCCCACACCCACACCCACACCCCCAUCCAUACCCCCACUUCACCCGCCGCUACUAAACCCCACUCACUCUGCAAUUCAGGUAGGCAAAUGCACUGUUGAAUCUCUUAGCCAGAGUUACCUUGCAUUUGUGGAAUCUGCUAAGAAACAAAAAUUCUGCCAUCAUGUUAUAGUUCAAUACAAUGUGAAUUCACUUUUUUUUUCUUUUUCUUUUUUUAAAUAAAUGUGUUCUUGUUCUGCCAUUUUUAAGACCAAGGUUUCUGUUAACGAGCAUUCCAUUUUCCAUUAAUAAAAGUUCAUGGUUCGCA